AUGAUAGAUUACGACGACGAAGCGCUAUUUGCGGAAAUAGCUAGACAACAAUCCAUGGGAAACUUGCAUUUGUCAGAAAGUUUUCUCAACAGUAUCUCGACUUCACGAUCAUCACCUCAUGGGUAUCAAUCUGGACACCCCUCAUCUGAUUCAAACAAUCCCUCUCUCAAUCCUUUCACUACUGGUAAUGGUUCUAGGUCGACCCCUGUAAUUCGACCUAAUUUCUUAGGUAACCCAUCGGGCAUGUCUUCGAGAAAUUAUCCGCCGAGGAUUAACCGUCCUUGUGAUGAUCUAAUGGAGUAUCUUCGUCAUGAACACUUGGAUACGGAUCGUCAAAGGCCGGGUAGAAAUCGAGGCAAUCGAAACGCGUCAACUACUAAGAGUCCGUCGGCCACGACGGAUUCAUCUACUUCUAACACUCCACUGGCUACUACUAUGGACCCAACUACUACUGAUCAAUCACCCCCACCCAACAACCCAUCUAUUGCUAAGGAUUCAUCAACAAAUAUGAAUCCAUUUUCACCACGAAAAACGUCUCCCGUUCUUGGGGAGGCUAAGGCUAGAUAUCGUGGCGUCUCGGAAGGCCCUCGAUUGCCCUCGUUGGAGGGAGUUCCGGACUGGUACAUCGAUGCUCACAAGGAGUUUAAGGUUAAGCAUCCUUACGACUUCACACAUUUCGUCGAAGGGUACCGAUUCUACGCUGAAGGGCCUCCAGUCGAGGCCAAUGAAGAACAAUAUCAAGAGGAGUCUUCUGCUCAACCCGAACAUUCUUAUCCUGUUUCUCCACCAUAUCGAUCGACUACUCCUAUGCCUCCCAUUGCUCCUCUCAAUCACCCUGCCGUCGAUCCUCAUCUUCCACAUUUCACCCCACCGAGUUAUGGCCGAUAUCGCUAUAGCGAAGCGGUAUCUGCAGAUACCUUCCAUAUCUCCGAGAAGAUUGAAAAAGUCCGACAAUACGAGUUAGCUGUUCAGGAAACUGGCGGAGCUCCGACUUCUGGAAGUUCAUAUGUUAAUCGACUUUCGAAGUCGGUUAAGUAUUCUGUUCUUUCGGAUGAAUAUCCUACUGACUUACUUGAUAUGUACGAAGACGAAGAAGAGGAUGAGCCGCAGUUGGCCUGUGAGGAUUCUCAUGAUAAAGAAACUAUUCCUGAAAUCCGUGUUGAACAGCCCGAGGAAUCGAGUGAUUCUGACGACGAUCUCUACUCUGCUCCUGUUCAGAUCAAGGAGCCAAACAAGCUGACUGUUCCUUUUGAGGAGAUCCCCGAUAUUUCUGAUUUGAUCCGCCAGGCUUUGAAAGACGAGGAAGAUUCGCGCUCUGUAGGCGAAAAGUCGGAUGGCAGUGCUAAGGGCUACGGCGACUUUUUGGACUACUAUUCGCGAACAAGCGGCGCAAGUGCCUCUCAUGAAGGAGAGGAGCUAGACAAUAUCUCCAUUGCCGAUUCUACAGACAGUCAUCAACGCUCUUCUUAUCACGGCAAGGACCAGAAACAUUACGUUCCGGUUCUGACCCCUCUCUACGAAGAGCAAAGUCGUACACAAAUCAAAACCCCAUUCGUUGAGUAUAAAGGAGAACAGGAGUUUCUCAUGCCAUCUCACCCACUCGAUGAGAGCAUCAAUGUCAUCCAGGAUGUUCAAGAAACCGCGACCGUAACUUCAGUUGAAACCGAGACUAAUGUUCAAGACGCCAAUACCAAUACUAACGAGGAAAAACGAGUUCCCAUGAAACCUCGCCCAGCUUACGUCGAACAUGGUCCCGAUGAAUACGCUGGCCGCCAUCGCUCAAUCUGUGACGGCACCAACUUCUGGCGCGAUGACUUCUCCCAAGAAAACGGAAUCAAAGACCGCGUUAUCAUCGAAAAACCGGUCACAAUCGAAAAACCCGCUCCGACGCCAGCUCCUGCCGUUCCUUCUAACAGUCGCGUUCCAAAACCGGCUUCAAUCGUUGGAUCUGAUAGCCCACCACACGAGAUCAAAGACACCAACAGUCUUCGCCAUCCAACGAUUAUUCAUGUCGAACCAACAAGUCCCACACCACCUCCCGUUCCUCCUAAGGAUUCUAUUACUCCUGAAUUCCCACCUACUCCCCCGCCUAAGACGGCUGAAAAUGCUUAUUAUCCUUCUACGCCUAUUUAUGGCCCAGCGCCUCAUCCUUCCAUGGCCGACAUAGGACACGGCAUGCGCAUUGAAGAAGAGGAUCUUUACAACACCACAAUCCAAUAUAAGGAUAAUUUUGAUACGCCGCCACAAUCUACUGUUCCAAUUAAGGCAAUGAAACGUCUCGGUAUUGAAAUGAGCGAUAUUCGAAAAACUAGCAGUUUUGAAAGCGGCGCUUUUAUACCAUUCGUACCUUACGCUGGCAGCAAAUUGGAGAAAGAGGUUAACCACACUGCAAACCGUAACGGCAAACUCGACCAAGAUCCUUCAAAAUCAUCCAAAUCACUUCUCGGUUUCCGUGGCGGGGUUAGCAAUCUUUUCCGCAAACGCGAUAAGACAGCUGGACCAAGUAAACUCAACACCGAAGUUCCUCAAGCCGACAAGCGAACUUCUGUCGAAAUUGGCGGCACAUCAUCUCCUGAUUCUCCACGUCCUGGUUUGUUCAAACGCCUUUUCAACAACAAGCGUCAAAGUGAUGCUCCUUCGACUGCACCUAGUAUCGAGUCGUAUGGCGGAUCUCACAAGAAUCAUGAAAGUUGGGACUCUAGUCGAGCUAGUGGUGACACGGGUCUCACGAGUAAUGAUGACACUUUCAUGUCAUAUAGUCCGCAUCAUAGUGUUCCUGAUACCGGAAAGGCUUCGACUGAAAAUACCUUGUCUCCAGCGGAUUAUAUCGACAACCGCAUCAACCCUAACUUUAAUGUCAAGUUGAACGACAAGCCGCUUAAGACCAAGCGAUCUCUUUUCUUUGGUCGGGAUAAAUCUGGAGAACUAGAACCCGUCAUCCCCGAUGUUAACAUUCAUGCUCCUAAGGAAGAAAAGAGAGGUAGUGUCUUUGGUUUCUUCCAAAAGGAAAAGGCACCACGGGAUAUCAGCUCGCCAGUUGAGGAGAUCAAGAAGAAAACUUCCGAAGAGAUCAAAAAGGAGAUCCUUGAACAAGCAGAAUUCGAACGAAGUGGUGAAUUUGCUCGACAGCAGCAAAAAGUCUUCGAGGAAAAACAGAAGGCAAAGAUGGUGCCAGGCAAAAAGGGUUACUUUAACAGAAAGGGCGAGUACUUCAGGGCUAAGAACCCUCUUGAACUCGAACUUUGUGACUCCGAAUGUUCCGAACCCCAAUCCUUCUCUGAAGUCAAGGCGAAAUUCGAACAAGAAGAACAACAAGAACAAGAAGCCAAGGCUAAAGAAGCCGCAAGACCCAAGAGAUGGACACCAGAGCAAUAUGUAACUCCUUUGAACCCCGACGACUACGUUCCACAGCCUGAACCCGCUUUUGGAGAUCAUGAUAUUCACGCGCCAAUUGUCGAAGAACCAGAAACUAUUGCUUCCGAAUCACUAUUCACCUCCCACGAGAGCGUUACCGUCAAAUCUCCCGUCCAACCAGGAUUCUCUCCAAAGAACGAACCUCCUAGUCACUGGUCAGAUGAUUCAGAUAUGGAAGAUAACGAAGGCUCACAGCCACCUACUCCUUCUAAUCCAUCCUUUGGACGCUCGGGAAAGACCCACAAGCGCAGUGGUUCUGGAUCUAGCAACCUCGGAUCUGGUCCUAUGUUCAUGAAGAAGGCAGUCCGAAAAUUCAAGGCAAAUAGAAAAUCCGCUGAAGUUCGCACAUCUCCAUCCAUGAUAUCAAAGGGAAAUAGAGAAUCCAUGGCAUCAAAGGGAAAUAGAGAAUCCAUGGCAUCAAAGGGAAAUAGAGAAUCCAUGGCAUCAAAGGGAAAUAGAGAUUCCGUUAUCAGCCAAAAUUCCAAUGGGUCAAGUCGUAACACAACAAUUUCCACCUCGGUUCCACCUGUUCCAGCACCUCCAGUUCCAACCCGUGGUUCGACCGAUGCCGGCGUUAGACCUGAAGCUAGAGCUUCCAGAAUCCCCGUCCCUAAGGUUUCAGUUUCUUCACCAUCAUCUAGGCUUACUACUGGUACAUAUCACGACCAAAACGAAAAUGUUGUCCACCACUUCGGUGGUACUAUUCCAGAACGCAGCGGAAGCAGUCUUGGACAUCGCGGAGACCGCACUAGCAUGCCUGCCAACCUCCCGGAGCGGUCUAAGAGCAGUUUAGGCCACAAUGUUGGAAGUGAGAAGUUUGUCAGGGAUGGAAUCAGGUGCACAGCGGAUAUUACACCACAAGAUGUGAAAGCAUGGAAUCUGAAGAAAGAUGCUUUGGAUAAAGCAAACCUAGAGGAAGAGCAGCGCAAGAAGCGAAAGGAGGAAUUCAGAAUCAAGGAAGCUGAGGCAAAACUCAAGCGAGAAAAGGUAGCUGCCAAAGCUGACUACCGUCUCGAAAAGGAGAGGAAGAGGCAAGAUGCUGCUACGGAGAAGUCGAAGUUCAGAAUCGGAUUGGCUACAAGACUUGCGGAUAGAUUGGUUCAACGAGAGACCAAUAGUUUGAAGGGUAAAGGUGUGCUCGUUCCUGCUGGUGAAAUCGAUGAGAAUAACCUCUGCCCAUGUUCUUCAGAGCACGAAGCUCUAGAGAAGCGCCCUCCUCCCAACGAACCAUGGAAUUACCCUCAACACUCCCGUCAAGCACCAUGGCUAAAGAAAAAUCGACCAUGGUUGCAACAAGAUCAACCGCAAGAACAGCAAACGACAAAACCAACAUUGCCAAACAAUGGAGCUACCGACUUCAAGUACUGUCGUACCCGCGCCACAUUCGGUUGUGGCCCAGAUGACCCGCCUCUCGCAAUAAAAGUUACGGUACCCGACGAAGAAACGCCUGUCUGGAAUGUCCCAGAGUGGGUUAUGGAAAGCAAAGGACCGGAAUGGGUUUAUCAAUGGCAACACCAAGGAAUCUAUCCCGAGAAUCCCUUCUACCCGCCAGCUGUCAAACGCAAUGAGGACGGCCUCUUUGAUAGUCCUUUAUUCAGAUGCCUCCUCGACCUUGGAGACUUCAAUGGAGUAAUGUAUUGGCUUUUCCAACAACUUAGACACGAAAUCGACAAAACUGAAUACAAUCUGCGUGCUCGUGGCGCCAUUGCACACAUCAGGCUACGAGAAUAUGAAGAUUUUGUCCUCAAGGUUGAAGGGAAACACGAUCGCGAAAGAUAUCGCCGCGACUAUAUCAAGAAGAAUAAGCUUAAAGAUCCUUCUUUCAAUCCUCUUGAAGACCUGAACGACAAGGAACGCCAGCGAGAGCUCAAAUACGCGGCUCAACAAGUAGCAGGUCGCAAAGCAAAACUUCUGAAGCUUCUUGGACAUGAGGCAUCUACUGGAGGUGUUCUCCGUGAAGAUGCUCUUCGUCGAGAUAUACUUACCCAAAGGCACUUCGAGCGACAAUUUGAGCAGUACAAAAUGGAAGAGUUUUCCAAGCAAAUCGCGGAGUGGAUGACAAGUGACGCUCUAAAAUCCAAGUACAUGGCGGAAGAAGAUGAAAGGAUCAAGAGGCAAGCAACCCGAACACACAAGGACACCAUACUUGUUGCUUACCGGGAUUUCCUUGGACUUGUUUUCCCUCCCGAGUGGCUUCAAUACAGCGACAUAGACCUGAGGGUUGAUCCAGCUGAGGUUAGAGAGCUGGGGAUGUAUACUGCUGAAAUUCGGGCUCGAAAGCGCGCGGUCAUAGAAGCAGGUGAAAACGUCGAAUACAACCUGGAGCAAAUUAACAACGAAGACCCUCAGCGAAGCUUCUGGUUUGAAGUCGAGUCUAUCUAUCGCCACAAUAUGGCCAACCAUCUCGGGAUGGCUGCCGAAGAACUUGGGCAACAAAUGCACGAACGGCUCAAGCUUCCAGAGGGACCUAACAGAUAUAACCCCCAGUUUUGGAAUAGUAUCUUCGACCCGGCCGGGGAUGACUGGCCUAAAGAAAAAGCCGCCUUAUACAACUUCAAUACUCUCGAGACCGAGAAAUUGGUUACAGAAUGCAAGGACCACCACAUUGAGGUCCAAAAGCUUGAAGAAGGCAUCCGCCAGUUAUUGAAAAUCGAGGCUUUCUCUGAUGCAUCUCGUGCCUUCAUGGCCGACACGAUUCGAUCGCAAAUGGCCGGUCUUCAGAAAGAAUGGAAGACCAAAAGAUCGCUCAUCAUGGAGCUCGGGUUCAGGGAGUGGCAACGAAACUACGAUCCCAAAUACCAGCCCACCGAGCCCAGCGACUCGGACGUGGACGAUUACGAAGUGGAGCUAGACAUCGCUAGGAUGCGGAUGCUCCAACAAGCCCUCGAAAUGGAGGGCGAUUAUUACGACGACGACGGGUGGCUGAUGACCAAGGCGGAAAGCGCAGCUUUCGCCGAGGCAGAUAUCUCGGCCCACCCAGACUCACCAGCUCCCGGCCUUGGAGCUUCAUUCCGUCAAGGCCUAGCAGACUCAGAGUCGCUUCUCGGAGGCGCCCCUUCGGGGCAAAGAAGAAAGAUGCGAACUUCGGUUCGCGAAUCUUUCGGUCGACCAUACGGUCGACCAAACAAGCCAAAUAGCAAGCCCCGAAGCAAGCAACAGAGCAGGCCGAAAAAUUUCGGCCUGGGGCUCUUCGACGACGAGAAAAGUGCCGCCACGGGCGGCUCGACUGGAAACUCGGCCGCGCGCCGACAGCAAAGCGGGCCACAGCCCCAGCCGUUUCCACCCAGCGGUCCGGCGGGACGUCAACGCCUGACCGCUGGGGGAAGGACGGCUGGGCGAGGUUCUAUGAACCUCGACCUGUGGCCCGACUUUAGCGAGGUGCUGCGGCCGGAGGGGGAGGGGGAGGUCCAAGAGGACCUCGAGUGA